UCUCGUGUCGCCUACAGGCUCUGUCCUUCACUCGCCAACUCCAGGACGGUGCCGGGGGCAGGGGCUGGGCCAUGUCCCCCCGUCCCACCACCCUCCCGGGCCUGGUGCUCUGUCUGGGCCACGCGAUCCACACACAGGCAGGGACCCUGCCCAGCCGCUCCACCAGGGCUGAGCCAGACGCUGUAAGACCCCAGGGCUGGCCUGUGACCACUGUAUGCAGAGGCCCUGCUGGGGCUGAGGAAUUCCGUCUGGAGAGGAAGGAAAAUAGGAGUGACUUCAAGGAUGAGAACACUGUGUCGCAAAUUGGUCCACACCAGACAGAGGCCAGAUUCGGCAUCACCGCUGUCAGGAGAGACACUGCCCAGCAUUAUCAGUGCCUCUAUCGAAGAGGUGAUCACUGGUCUGAGCCCAGUGACGCCCUGGAGCUGGCGGGGACAGGGAUUGCUGUGAAAAGCAGAAGAGAUCAGAGAUGGGGGUUCUUGUGCUUGGGGUGGGAACCCAGAAGGAGGCCGGCCGACAGAGCAUGCUUAUAUUCUCAUUGGGGUCCCUGUGGCCUUUCUCCUUUGUCUCCUCGUCCCGGGCCUUUUCCUCCUCCAUCAUCAGCAUGAGAGAAGACGGGGGCCUCCCAGAAGCAAAGGCUCAGCCCAGCUGUUGACGUCCCCGAUGGGACACCAGAUGUGGCCACUGUUGACAGACUUCCUGAGAAGAACGGGGAAGUGGCCACCUCAGCUCCUGCUGCAGGAGGCCCCCAGGACGUGAUAUAUGCCCAGCUGGACCACCCGGCCCUCACACAGAGGGUGGCCAGAGCUGUGUCCCCGCCGUCCACAGAGCCCACAGCCAAGUCCAGCAUGUACGCAGCCCUUGCCAGAAACUGA